AUGAGUUUCGUAUUUGAUAUUUUUAAUUAUACAAGUAAAAAUAAACAAAAUGAAUGUAGUGAUGUCAUUAAGAUUAAAAGAAGGCGCUUCCUGGCAAACUGUUGCGGAAUCGUGGGAUACCUGGGCUACGAGAACACGAACGAAGUGUUACUGCACGGAAUCAACGCAAUGAAAAGCAGAGGCUACGACUCGUGCGGAAUAUGCACGCUGGACAACGGGAAGCUGCUGGUGACGAAAUGCUGCUCAGUGGGAACACCAGCAGACUCGUACAACAUACUGAAGAAGAAGGUGCUGGCAACACAUUCGCCGUCGAGAGUAGGAAUAGGACACACGCGCUGGGCAACAGUGGGAAAACCGUCAGACAAAAACUCACACCCGCACGUCGACCUGGCGAGGAACCUGGCACUGGUGCACAACGGAACGAUAAGUAACAUAGAGGAGGUGUACACGGAGCACUAUAAGGAGAUGAUAAAGCAAAAGAUAAAAGAAUGCAGCGCAGAGGAAGAGAAGACGAGAAAGAGAGAGUUAGAGAACGGAGUAAGCGAAGACGAAUACUGCUCAGAAGAAGAAGAAGAAAGUAAAUUUAAACUGCCGGACAGCGACACGGAGGCACUGGCGAUAUUUGUAGGACUGGAGUACGAGAAGGUGGGAGACCUGUACAUAGCGUUCAAAAACACAAUCAAGAAGCUUAAGGGAACGUGGGCACUGUGUAUGAUGUCGACGAGUUACCCGAACUCACUGUUCGUAGCAGCACACGAGGCGCCGCUGCUCUUCGCGCGCUCGAAGAAGGGGAUCUACGUGGGCUCGGAGCCGACAGUGUUCAUGAAGUACGCGAGAGACUGCAUAGCGCUGAACGACGGAGACGUGUUCGAGCUCUCACUGGAUAACGUGGAAACCUACUACAGAGAGGCGAAGCUGCUGAAGCUGGAGCACGAAGUGAUCGAGGACACGCACGAACCGUACGCAAACUGGUACAUGAAGGAAAUAUCGGAGCAGAUGUACCUGGGAAGAAUCAUCAUAAGCAUGCUUAACGUGGGAUUGGGAGAAGGGAUCGACUGGAGCGACGCGAAAGGAGACCUGAAGGAGCUGGCGGAGCUGAAGGAAAAGUACAAGGGGCACGACAGCCUCUCAGUGCUGGGAGGAGACCCGUACAAGGAGAACAUGCUGCUGUCCAGACUAGAUCUGGCAGCGCUGGGCUUCAGGUUCAGUAACCUGACUCCUGAAGUGGACAGGAAGCUGAGGAGCACGAGGAGGCUGCUCUUCGUGGCAUGCGGCUCGAGCCACCACGCUGCCUCGUACGUGGCAAAGAUACUGCAGAAGCUUAACUUCUUCGAGAUGGUGGAAGUGGAUGACGCGUCAGACCUGACGCUGUACAGGUACUACGACGAGGGAAACACAGUGGUGCACAUCUCGAACAGCGGAGAGACGCUGGACUGCAUCCUGGCCUCCAACUACAUAAAGAAGAUUAACAGGCACACGCUGAACGUGUCGCUGAUCAACACGCUGCACUCCUCGCUGGAGAGAGCGUCGGACUCGACAAUACACCUGAGAAUUGGAAGGGAGAAGUCGGUGCCCUCGACGAAGGCAGUGACGGCGCAAAUCGUGACGCUGCUCAUGUUCGGCCUGUACAUAGUGCAAAACGCGAACGGGGGAAGCCCUGCGAGCGCGGAGACGCCGAAGGAGGACGACAAGACGGAGUACUCGAUGAGCCUCGACGGCGAGUACAUCAACAGCCUGUCGGACACGCCGACGGAGGACCCGGCGCUGCUGGAGGCAUUCCAGGAGGGCAAGUACGUGGAGCACUACGGCUCGUGCGCAAACUACAGCAUCUCGUCGCUGUGCAGGUCGCUGUCGAUGUUCCCAUCAGCAGUGACGCACAUGCUCAAGGCAAACCCAAGAUAUGAUCAAAUAGCACACAAGUUGGUGUCUGAGAAGGUCGUGUACAUACUGGGAAGAGGAUGCGGACACAUCGCAGCGCUGGAAGCGUCGCUGAAGAUGAAGGAAGUGGCGUACAUACAAACGGAAGGAGUGCUGUCAGGAGCAAUGAAGCACGGCUACUACGCAAUGAUCAUAGAAAAGGAAAGAACGCCGACGAUCAGCAUCAUCACGUCGGAGGACAAGGAAAUGACGCUGAGCGCAACGAUGCAGCUCAAGGCGCGAGGAAGCUACAUCAUAGCCUUCACGGACAUGGCGGAGGAGGUGGACUUCGCAGACAUAGUGGUGCACCUGCCGAACAUAGGGGCGCUGACGCCAGCACUGGCGCUGAUCCCGUUCCAGAUCAUCACCUCGAAAAUAGCACUGCUCGCGGGAAGGAACCCCGACAUACCGCGUGGCCUGGCGAAGACAGUGACAACACUCUAA